GAUCUCGCGACGCCGGCCGGCAGCUUGCUUCUUCCCUCCUUUUACUCCUCCUCUGACAGCGAGAACUUUCGAGAUCUCACCCCCAGCUCCAUUCAUCCCCGCACGGUGGAGCGUCGUGCGGCCGCCUCGCUCGCUUUCAGUGUCCCUCCGCCUCGCUCGCUCACUCCGCCCCCCCGCCCGCCGCAGCCAUGUCGGUAGUGGGUUUUGACUUGGGCUUCCAGAGCUGCUACGUCGCCGUGGCCCGGGCCGGAGGCAUCGAGACGGUGGCCAAUGAGUACAGCGACCGCAGCACUCCGUGAGUAUCGCCAUGCUUGCUGUCAGCCAUCGCGCCUCUCUCUCUCUCACACAGACACACGGUGAGCCCGGGGGUAUCCGGCUCUGCUCCCUUCACUCAGCCGGAGGAAGAGCGUUAACACGGCGGGAGCGGGGAGGCAGAACAGGGAGCAAAGCAUUAUGGGAGUGCUACAUCCACCCGAGCUGGGCCACACAUGGUGUAUAGAGACACUGCCUGGCUGAGCAUCAUGGGACACAUAAUCCAUAGCAGCUUUAUAUCAUAAUGUUAAUAAGCAGUGUCCCUUAACCAGACUGGCACAUGCAGCACGCAUUCCUGGACACGCUUUAUUAUGGUUUUUCUACUAAAUAUUAUUAAUUAUUAUUUAUAAAGCGCCAACAAAUUCCGCAGCGCUGUACAACAGGUGGACUAACAGACAUGUAUUUGUAAUCAGACGAGUUGGACGCAAAAGAACAGAGUGGGUUAAGUGCCACUCUCAAAUUAUUUAUAAAGCGCCAGCAAAUUCUGUAGCGCUGUACAAUAGGUGGACUAACAGGUACAAUUGCAGCAAGACGAGCUGGAUGCACAGGAACAGAGGGUAUUGUGGGCUAGACUGGUGGGAAGAGGGAAAUCAAUAAAGGAAACCUAUUGGAGAUCUAUUUGUCAAAGCACCAUAACCACUACAAUUAACUUAAUGUUUUGACUUAUUUUAAUGCUGAUUAAUAUUAACGAAGCUCUCUUGACCCCUAGAAAUCAGACCUUCUACAGCAGGUCAGCCAAUGCAUAAGUAUGAACCAAUAGUGAUGAAUAGCAGUUACCUGAGCUAGAAAAUCUAGUGCAGCACUUCUAUUGUGUUACACAACCGCAUGAAGUGAAAUGUCCAGCAAAACAUGAUGGAUCAAGCAACCCAAAUGCCAUUACUACUGUAAUUUAGUAUCAAAAUAUAAAAUUGUAAAUAGAAAAAUUCUAUAAGCACAGGGAGAGCGCAUCUUUAUAAUUCUACUUUAUUGCCUUCGUUUGUGUCUUUCUUUCUCUGUAAAAUUUCUCAUACGGUUCCAACCCAUUUUUUGGUAAUCGCCUAACAUAUAUGUAUAUUCACUAAACUGAAAACUGGAUAAUUCCAGAGAUUUACACUUUCUUUAAAGAAACAGGUCAAGUGUGAUAACCACUACAGCUCUGUAGCAUUAAACUUCUCUCAUAUGACUCUCCAUAAGAAGUUGUGGUGGAGAGCAAUGUUUUGCACACCCCAGGUAAUUUCUCUUAUUACUUGGAUGGGGACACGUUACUCAUAGUGACAUAACUACAAAAUGCUGAAGUGGUUAUAGUACUUGGAGUGUUAUGUUAAAAUGCACUUGAGGCUCCAUAACUACUAACAUUUUUAUAUUAGAGGUUUUUCUGCUAGGCAGCUUUGAGUAAGGUUCCUGUGAUUUGACCAAAAAUUUAUGAUUUUUUUUUUUUCAAGCACACUAAGCCCAGCAGAUUUGGUAUAAUGUACUUACAUUAUGAGUAACCUUUACUACAUCAUUAUCUGUCAAAAAUAUUUUAUGGCAACUGCUCAUGCAGUCGGAUUUGCCAGGAAUACUAUAAAUCUGUAUUUCAAACACUAUCCCUUUCAGACUCCAAAGGGUUAAUAAAACCUUUAUUCGCUUACCCAAUUCCAGCGGUGUGAUUAACACUGCAGGACUAAGUGGGACAGGAACACUGCAAAAUGAAGUGUUCUAGGUGACUAUAGUGUCCCUUUAAAGAUUUUGCUCUUCUUUGAAUCCCCAAAGAAGGCAGUGCUCACAGCUUCUUAUACUGCCUAUGUCAUACAGAUAUUUGGACUAAUAAAGAAGUGAACUUCUUCAUUCUGAUUUUUCCAUCAGAAGGGGAGGACUUGGAUUUCCUAGGAAUUCUCAGAUUUUUCUAUUGUGAGAAACCACGUGGGGUGUUACCCAAGACGCAACUGCUCUCAUUUGAUAAACUGAGAGAUGAAAAUGUACUGGGCUCAUUGACUGACUGAGAGUGUUGGCUGCCACUCUCAACCAGUGAACUAAACCCUGCAUUUCUCAAGAGAGAUAGUGGGAGUUCCAGCUUAGAAACUGCUGGUGGUUAGCGGCAACCAGUGGACCUCGGGUAAGAUGUCAAACCAUCCUUUAAUAGUUUGACUCUUACAAUGGUUUGGUACUCGUGGCACCAUAACCACUGCAACACUCGAGUAUAUGGUGCUUGGAGCGUUCCUUUAAUCUUAGGUACAAAGUCCUCAUAACCUUAAAGUAUUUUCUAAUGUUAUUACACAUAUAAAUGGUAAAGGCACAUCCCAACUAACCACUAGAGCUACGUUCUUUUAAAGGAAGUUUAAGCACCAAAAUCCCCUCAUCUUAAUAAAGUACUUUUUUGGGGCAUAGAUAAGUCUGCCGCUCUGUCAUAGUUGAGGAUUCUGAGAAAUGUACUAUUUAUUUUGUGCAAUCCCCACGCCUCUAGUCGCUAUCUAGUGAAUUACAGGUGCCAGGCUAAAAUAGCUUCAAUAAUCAAAUCUAUUGGAUGUCUUGCAUCAGCAUGCAAAGAAUGCAGACGCUGUGUGUUAAUUGAGUAGUGGAUGAGUUUAUCAUACUGAAAGCUGUGUAUGUGGCGUGUCUACAAUGCUUCUUCUAUGAGAAAUUUGAAUUUAAAAAAAUAAAUAAAUGUAGGAUUAACCCCUUAACGACCGAGGACAGUUCAGGACCGUCAUCGGCAUUUUUGCGUUGCCGACCGAUGACGGUCCUGAACCGUCCUAACGGUCUGAGUUACUUACCCGAUCACCGUCAUUCCCCCGGCGGCGAUCAGCGUGGCUCCCGGUGUGGGGAAACUGCCUGCAGCCCAGACAGUCUCCCGACACCGGAUUAGGACCCCUGUGGCCAUGUGAUUGCUCAACACAGCGAUCACAUGGUCACAAUAGGUGUCCUAGUGACUGCCUGUGCUGACAGGCAGUCUCCCUGCAUGUGUAAAAUCAUAAAAUAAAAAAAUAAAGUUAAUGUUAAUAAAAAAUAAAAUAAUUAUGUGUAUAUAUGAUGUAUAGACAUAUAUAUGAUAUAUAGACAUAUUAUAUAGAUAUAAUAUCUCAUACUAAGUGUAUUUUUAUAUUAAUAUGUAUUUUUAUAUUAAUAUAAAAAUACACUUAUAAUUAAAUUACACACGUGUGUGUGUGUGUGUGUGUGUGUGUGUGUGUGUAUAUAUAUAUAUAUAUAUAUAUAUAUAUUAAAAUAUAAAUAAGUAAUUUAAAUUAAAUAAAAUUCUUUAAUAAAAAUUUAAAAAAAAAUUAUAUCUAUAUGAAAUUUUAUUCUAACUGUAUUUUAAAAUUAAUAUAUUUAUAUCAAAAUACUUAAAAUGAAUUUGUAUAUAUAAAUAAAUAAAAAUAAUACGAAAUAUACAUAUGUCCAUAUACAAAAUUACAUAAAUAAUUAUAUAAAUAUACACGUAGACUUCAAAUAUAUAAAUAUGCAUAUAUAUUUAAAUUCUACGUACGUAUUUAUGUAAUAUUUUUACAUAAUUCAGUAAUUUUAUUGAUUGCAAUUUGAGGGACCUGCCUGCCAACCCAGGCCGAAAUUCCAGAGAAUUUAAUUUGCUAGCACUGUAUUUUACCCUGUAACGUUCUACGACACCCUAAAACCUGUACAUGGGGGGUACUGUUUUACUCUGGAGACUUUGCUGAACACAAAUAUUAGUGAUUCAAAACAGUAAAACAUAUCACAGCAAUGAUAUUGUCAGUGAAAGUGACCUCUUUUUGCAUUUUUCACACACAAACAGCACUUUUACUGAUGAUAUUGUGAUACGUUUUCCAGUUUUUAAACUCUAAUAUUUGUGUUCAGCGAUGUCUCCCGCGUAAAACAGUACCCCCCCCCUCCCCCCCCCAUGUACAGGUUUUAUAGCAUUUUUGAACGUUACAAGGUCAAAUAUAUGGGUCAAAUAUUUUUACAUUGAAAAUGGCCAGGUUGGUUACGUUGCCUUUGAGAGCGUAUGGUAGCCCAGGAAUGAGAAUUACCCCCAUGAUGGCAUACCAUUUGCAAAAGAAGACAACCCAAGGUAUUGCAAAUGGGGUAUGUCCAGUCUUUUUUAGUAACCACUUGGUCACAAACACUGGCCAAAAUUAGCGUUCAAUUUAGUUUUUUUACUUUUUUCACACACAAACAAAUAUGAAUGCUUACUUUGGCCAGUGUUUUCGACUAAGUGGCUACUAAAAAAGACUGGACAUACCCCAUAUUGAAUACCCUGGGUUGUCUACUUUAAAAAAAAUAUGUACAUGUGGGGUGUUAUUCAGAGAUUUAUGACAGAUAAUAGUGUUACAAUGUCACUAUUGAUAAAUUUUAAAAAUGUAUGUUUUGAAACCGCAAUAUCCUACUGGUACCUAUAGCCCUAUAAUAUGCAAAAAAAAGCAUGUAAACACUGGGUAUUUUUAAACUCAGGACAAAAUUUUGAAUCUAUUUGGCAGGUUUUUUUUUCCAUUCGCUUUUGUAGAUGAGUAAAAGAUUUUUCAAGUAAUAGUCAAAAAACAUUUUUUUUUUUUUCAAUUUUUCAUCAUAUUUUAUUUUUUUAAAUUAAAAUACAUGAGAUUAUAUAAAUAAUGGUAUGUAAAGAAAGCCCCUUUUGUCCUGAAAAAAAAAAAUAUAUAAUUUGUAUGGGAACAGUAAAUGAGAGAGCGUAAAAUUACAGCCAAACACAAACACCACAAAAGUGUAAAACUAUGCCUUGUCGCAAAUGUACAACAUCGCAAAAACAGUCCAGUCCUUAAGGGGUUAAAGAACAAGGAAAUAUUUUUUUUUUUGUUUAAAAGAAACUUUCUUCCUUUAGGAGUACACACACACACAAUUCUAACAUUGGCACUUUCUCCACUAUUAAGUUUUUCUUGCCUUUAGUCCCGUGUUGCUUUAGUCUCGGCAUGGCCGAUGCUCCUUCCCUGACUAUCUUGGUCAAUUCAAUGUUUCCCCACGUUUGUGACAGUCCCUACACUGCCAAUAAGCAUUGCCUUAUAAUGAUGAACUGACUCUUUAUUUCUCUAUGGGGAGCAUUCAGCUUCUCCAUACAGAACGUGAAGGCGCUGAAUGUCAGUCCUGCAAGGAUUGAAAUACCAGACCGGGAAGCUCCUCUACUGUUUGAGUGACAACUGGUGGGUGGGAAGCAAUGUAAACAUACCUCCAUAUUAAAGGGACACUAUAGUCACCUGAACAACUUUAGCUUAUAGUCACCUGAACAACUUUAGCUUUAAGUGAGAACUAUAGCUCCCUGCAGCCUUUCUCAUGUAAACACUGUAUUUUCUGAGAAAAUACAGUGUUUAUAUUGAAAGCUAGAAACACCUCCGGUUGCAGUCACUCAGAGGGACUUCUGAGUUGAUGGAGGCAUAAUAUGCCUCCAUCCACUCAGAUCUGCUGUGCACGAGCAUCCUGUGAUUCAGUAUCUCCUCCCACUGCAUGCAGACACUGAACUUUUGAUUCAAUUCAUCUCUAUGAGGAGAUGCUGAUUGGCCGGGGCUGUGUUUGAAUCAUGCUGGCUCUGCCUCUUUGCCAGUCUCAGCCAAUCCUAUGGGGAAGCACUGUGAUUGGAUCAGGCUAUCACAUGUCAGCAGACUGCUUGUUUGUUUUUCCUGAGUCUAACAGCAUGCAGAUUUACAGCUUCUGGCUUGAAUACAGUGAUAUUUGUACUAUAUUUAUGGAGGCAUGAGGGGCCCAGCGGGGCUAGAUGGUCAUGUUAACAUUAUAGGGUCAGGAAUACAUGUAGUUGCACUGGUGACUAUAGUGCCCCUUUUAAGCUGUAGUGGUUCUGCUGCUUAAUGUCCCUUUUAGAAGAAACGCAUCUGAGGUUUUUAUUUCCGGUUUUUUCCCCUAUUAAAUUGUAAACUGAAAAGACAAACUAGAAAAACUACAAAUACUUUGUCUAUUUCCAGACACAUCUCCCUAAGAUGUUUUUUUUUAUUUUUUUUUAUAUAUAUAUUGUACAACAGUUUGCACUGUGAGUUAAUGGUUAAUUUCUAAUUGUGUAUGAAGUAUUGGAGUAAUUGAAUUACUUCAUAUCUGUAGUGUUUUUGGCUUGUGUGAGUGCUUUUUAUUUUAUGAUUGAGGAACACACCGGGCAUCUGUACAUGUUGGCAUACUUUUACGGUGACUGCUUUGUGUGCCAUAAAACCCUGCUGAGCAGCAGCAAUUUGUGAUCCUACAGCAUUGUAAUCUAAAUCAAAUGGUAUAUAUUGGCCCAAAUGGUUUCACAGAUACUGUGGCAAUGGUGUCUAAUGAUAUUCUCUUAAAGGACCACUCUAGGCACCCAGACCACUUCAGCUUAAUGAAGUGGUCUGGGUGCCUGGUCCAGCUAGGAUUAACCCAUUUUUUAAUAAACAUAACAGUUUCAGAGAAACUGCUAUGUUUAUAUUAGGGUUAAUCCAGCCGCUAGAGGCGUUUGCGUGCUUCUCACUGUGAAGAUCACAGUGAGAAGAUGCAAGCGUCCAUAGGAAAGCAUUAUGAAUGCUUUCCUAUGAGACUGGCUGAAUGCUCGCAGCUCCUGCCGCGCAUGCCCAUUCAGCCGAAGAGGAGGGAGGGGGUCCCUGGGGGUGGGGGGCGCCCUCAGUGCACUAUAGUGCCAGGAAAACGAGUGUGUUUUCCUGGCACUAUAGUGGUCCUUUUAACCGCUGCAGUGAGCUUUAGUGGUAAAGGUACUUAAAAUUUCCUAUUUAAAGCACUACUGUAGCUUAUUUAUCUUUCAGUUUUUUACUUUCCAUAUUUUAUAUCUUUAAUGGGGCACUUCAGACCACUAAAGAGCUUUAGCUGACUGAAGUGAAGAGUGUAUCUUCGUUUUCAUUUUACAAAAAGUGCAAUUUUCAAUAGAAGUUUGCUCUUCUAUAAAUUGACCUUGCUACACUUUCCUAGCUGUCAGACAACUGAUGCUGAUACUUCCUGGUUGUUUAGCUCAAUGAAGCUAAACUCAAGAGGAAGACAAUUGCUCAGAGCACAUGUCUUGCAAAAGCUUUGCAUUGUGCUGCUUUGGGAAGUCUGUGAUUGGACAGCCACAUAAAGCCUGGACUGGGAUAGAAGGGGAUGGCUUGCUAAAGCUUCACACAAGAGAUGCGCACCAUUUGUGUGCACAUGUUUUCAAUGGGGGUGGGGGUGUCCCUUUAAUAUUUUUUACUUGCAUUUUAUGUAUAUUUAUAAUUUUCUUGUUUUGAAUCUCAGUACACAGUUCCACUAUUUAGUUCUCCUGUCCAUGUUGUUUGCACUUCUGUGGGAUCCUUUUGAUUAAUGGAUUUGAUAGAUUGUGGGUGCAUAAGUUUAACUGUAAUGGAUCCUUCCUUAAAGCGAUACUGUAGACCCCAAUACUAUUUUUAGCUUAAAGGGACACUAUAGUCACCAAAACACCUUUAUCUUAAUGAAGCAGUUUUGGUGUAUAGAUCAUGUCUCUGCAGUCUCACUGAUCCAUUCUUUGUCAUUUAGGAGUUGAAUCACUUUGUUUAUGCUGCCCUAGUCACACCUCCCUGCAUGUCACUUGUACCACCUUCCUGAACACUUCCUGUAAAGAGAUCUAAUGUUUAAGCAUCCAUUAUACACAUUCUGUUUAAUUUAGACUGUAUCUACGGCAAUGUUAAUAGCUUGCUAGACUGUGUGUGUGUGUGUGUAAAGUUCAGUUUAAAGAGAAGAUACAUUACUUUAAACGCUUUUAACAUCUAACUGAACGGAAAUAAGUGAUUUAGCUCCUAAACGGCAGAGACUUAAGCAGUAAAACAGCAGAGGCACGAUCUAUACACUAAAACUGCUUUAGUCUGCUAAAGUUGUCUUGGUGAUUAUAGUGUCCGUUUUAAUUAUGCAGUUUUGGUGUAACGAUCAUACACCUGCAGUCUCACUGCUCAAUUCUCUGCCAUUUAGAAGUUAUCACUUUGUAAAUGCAGCUUGGGAAACACUUCCCUGCAUGUGACUCACAGCUUUCCUACACAGUUCCUGUAAAAUGAGAUCUGAUGUUUACACUUCCUUUUUGUUUAAUGUAGAACUUCUUGUCUCCUAGUCUAAUAGCCUGCUAAACUCUGCAGGAGCCUCCUCUGGGUGAUUAAAGUUCAAUUAAAGGGAAACUAUAGGCACACAUCACUUAAAGGACCACUAUAGUGCCCUGAGGGUGCCCCCACCCUCAGGGUCCCCCUCCCGCCCGGCUCUGGAAAGGGGUAAGGGGUUAAAACGUACCUUUUUCCAGCGCUGGGUGGAGAGCUCUCCUCUUCUCCUCCCCGUCGGCUGAAUGCACACGCGUGGCAAGAGCUGGGCGCGCAUUCAGCCGGUCACAUAGGAAAGCAUUCAUAAAGCUUUCCUAUGGACGCUGGCGUGCUCUCACUGUGAAAAUCACAGUGAGAAGCACGCAAGUGCCUCUCUAGUGGCUGUCAAUGAGACAGCCACUAGAGGCUUUGGGGGAAGGCUUAACCUAUUCAUAAACAUAGCAGUUUCUCUGAAACUGCUAUAUUUAUGAAAAAAUGGGUUAACCCUAGCUGGACCUGGCACCCAGACCACUUCAUUAAGCUGAAGUGGUCUGGGUGCAUAGAGUGGUCCUUUAAUUUCAUUGUAGUGUCCCUGUUGCCUUAACUCCCUCACUACCAUAUUUUAUGUCUAACUAACUAAAAAUCUAUGACGAUGUAAAAAUAAGAAUAAAGGAACAAAAAAAUAAAGGGGGGCUGGGGGGGAGGAGACCGGUCAUAUGACAGUAUGGCCUUUAAAAAUAUGUAGGGUUAAAGCCACCUCCAGUGACUGUUUUCCUGACAACCACUACAGGCGCUUCUGCAGCACUGACAGAAUAAAACUGUCUUUCUAUGAGGAAGCUUUAGUGGGCGCUUGGUAUGUGCUGUGCAUGUACAUCAGGUCCUCCAAUUCUCCUCCUUGACCAGCUUUAUAUUGGACCAUCGUGGAUGAAGCCAUACCACCUCCAUAACAUCGCGGGAAGAGGAGUGAUAAGCAGCUCCUGGAUGCUGGAAAAGGGGAAGUUUAAAAAGUGUAUUUCUUACCCUAUACCCUAAAAUGAUAAAUGUGUAUUCCUGACCCUAUGGUGUUAAAAACACUAUUUGGCCAUCUGGCCCCCUCUUGCACCACUUAAAUAAGUUGAAUACUCACCUUUAUUUUAGCGUCACACAGGUCUGUUGGCCCUUCCCGAUCUGUUAUGGUAUGGAGAUGCUGAAAGGAGUGGGGUUUUUUUGGUUGAUGCAUUUAAAAAAGAAGAAAAGAAAAAAAAGUGUGCUGGGUCAUGCUGACAUUACUUUUUCCUUCCUAUGUAGCAUUAAAGGAUCACUAUAGGGGCAGGAACACAAACGUAUUCCUGACCCUAUAGUGAAAAUCCACCCUCAGAAUGGUUAAAACUCACCUUAUUUUCAGCUGUCUGCGCUGCCCCCACCCCAUUGGUGACAUCAAAAAUGCCAAUUUUCAGCCAAUCCUAAGCUUUCAUAUGGGGAAAGCAUUUGAUUCGCUAAAAUUGGGAAAGGGGGCUGGGCCAAACACUGUUUUGGCCAAUCAGCACCUCCUCAUAGGGAUGCAUUGAAUCAGUGCAUCUCUAUGAGGAAAAUUCAGUAUCUCCAUGCAGAGUGUUGGGAUGCUGAACGGCAGGCAGGGCUGCUUACUGUGCAGCCCUGAGCCAGGAAGGCCCUCCAGUGGCCACUUGGAGGUGUCCCUAGGGGUAAUGUAAACACUGCCUUUACUCUAAAAAGGCAGUAUUUGCAUGAAAAUGCCUGAAAGUAGCUAUUAUACUCACCAGAACAACUACAUUAAGCUGAAGUUGUUCUGGUUACCUUUAGUGUCCCUUUAAAAUAUAGUUGAUACAAUCAAGUGUUCUUCAGUACAACAGAGACUUGUUCUGGACAUGAGAAUUGUUAAAAUGUAUAUUAGUCCUGCUUUUUCUCAGCGGAAAUUAGUUCAUUGCCACACGGCUUUAAAUAUUGUACUUUUUAACUAUGGUGAUUUAUUUAUUUUCGUAUGUUAGCACAUAGGUUGUCAUUCUGUGUUGCCCUGAGACUAUCUCCUGCUCCUCUCUAUCUAAUGAUGGACUGUGCUGGAGAAUGCUUCUUCAAACAAAAGCUGUGUCGUAUUGGAGCAACAUCUGUCACUUCUUUCCUAUACAGUACUUCUAUAGCAAGCAGAGGAUGUGUUUGCUAGUGAAGCUUUAACUGCAGGUGAACCACCUGUAGAAGGGGUUCUUCUGCACUCCUGGUCAUAUAGGGUGGUCAAGAAAAUCAGACCAAAAUAUGCUAUAGGUUUUAAAGAAAAUUUGUACAUUUGCUAGGAAGUCUGAUAGCAUAGUGUAUAGAUUCAAUUUUAUUUAUCAUUUAAAGGGACCCUAUAGUCACCAGAACUACAGCUUAAUGUGGCUGUUCUGCUGUCAACACAAUGUACCUGCAUUUUUAUUUUUUAUAAAAUGUUUAUAUUAUACAGCAUUGACAUUUGGCAGUCCAGAACGAAACUUAGUAUGUGCAUCUUUUCAAGAGAAACACUGCACAUACACAUUGCUACCACCCUGACCUUUUUUUAAAAGUACCCUUUAACGCAACUCCACCGGGGAUCUGUCUUUCUGAGGACUCUAGUAAGCAUGGGUUUUGCAAAAUGUUUCAAGGUAAAGUGCUUAGACUAUUUCUUGAACCCCUUAAGCAUCAAACUUCUGGACUAAAAUUGAAUCAUGACAUGUCACAGAUGUCAUGUGUCCUUAAGGGGUUAAAGCCACACUCAUGCCAGGAUAUGCUUGUUUUAAGUGCAGUUUAUAACCGUGCUGAUUUCUAUUUUUUUCUAUUGCCACUUUUAUAAAUAACUGGAGGCAGUCGGGGAGGCUAUCUUCCCCACUAUGGCAGCUCUAUAGAGCACCUCGGUGCUCAUUUUACCCUUGCAUCCUGUCUGGAAAGCUACUGGUGAGCUUUUAGUCUGUGAUGGGGAAUAAAAGAAGGACUUGAAAAGGCUGCAAACAAAAGAUCAUGCAUGUUUUCAUUAGGGGUAUAUCUACUAAAUAACUUCUUGUUUUUGGAGUGAAAUGUUCCUUUCUGUGCUUUCUGCAACGACGAGCACUUGGUUUUUAAGUAUGGAAAUCAGUUUGUUCUUUGGCCUUUCAAAGGAAGUGACUUGCAUAACGUAACAUGAUUUGGCAAUGUUCAAGCACUUCUAUUGUGAAUCAGACUGUACGCAAACCUUAUCACAUUACCAUUUCAUUUGAUUGAUUUUAGACUCUAUAAUAGUAAUGGCUAACUUUUGGCUAGCUAAGCAUCAUAGGCAAAUGUCCACCAGCUUCUGUGCCAAACAUAAUACCUACUCUAUGUAGAUAGGUAUUUUUAGGCCUGUUGCGUAGGUGUUUGAUUUCUUUAUUAAUUAGUUUGAUUUACAUAGUAACAUCAUGAAAUCAAUCGUGCUUUUUUCUAAAGAAGGGUAUAAAUAUUAUACAUAUUAUAAAUAGACCCCUUGCCUUAGAUACUUUAAUUAUAUUGUAGUAAUUAAAGCAUAACUUUCAGCAGACUUUACUCCUGUGGAAGUUUUUAUGGUGCUUAUUAAUCCUUUUUAUUGUGUAAUCCGUUCCCUAGUGCACACAGUAUGUUAGUUUGUAUAUAGCACUGUUGCUAAUAUAAUACUUCAUAUGACCUGUAACAGGUCUGGAGCUUGUAAGUGUAAUCUUGGGUCUAUUGUAUUCCUAAACAUCCUUAGACAUAACUAGUGAUGUUAUGGGGCAGAGCUUUUCUGUGCAAGAAUAUCUUUGAAGAGUGUUUUAUGUGACUUAUGUUUAACUACUCCCAUCACUCUGUCCAUUUAAAUUUCACUUAUUUAUUUUUCUGCUUUAUUCACGUUGUCGUCUUCUAGGAUUUUAAGGGAAUUCUAAAUACUCUGGAGCAGGGGUCCUCAAACUGCGGGCCACAUCCGGCCUGCCAGGGUCCUGAACCUGGCCCAAGCACUCGGGGCCACCCGAUGGACCCUAUAUCUUCAGGGCCCCCAUAAAAAAAAAAAUCACAGCCGCAAGUACUGCUGGGAGGAACUGACGGCCAGAGGUCACUUCCUCCCAGCUCCCACGGGAGGGAAGGGAGCCACCAACUCCCAUAAGCUACAGCCACCCUCCUGCAAAAAGUAUGCAAAAUUAGCGCUGUGUAUGUAUGUAUGUCAGUCAGUAUGUAUGUAUGUGUCUGUGUGAAUUUAAGUAUGCUUGUCUGUUUGUCAGUGUGUGCACGCGCGCAUAGGAAUUCGUUGAUAUAUUUUAUAGUCCGGCCCCCGACAGUGUCUGAGGGACCUUGAACUGGCCUCCUGUUUAAAAAGUUUGUGGACCCCUGCUCUGGAGUUUACACCGUAUUUAACAAAAAACAAAACCUUGAAAACCUAACUUGUGUUAACGUUAUUCACCUUCUGAUUCUGCUUUUCGAUUUGCACCAAAUGCAAAUUACAUCACAAUCCGGGCGCAGCCAUGCCAUACACUGUAAAAAGAGAAGAGUAGAAAUAGAAACUUUGAAAUCUCUGUAAAGGAUUUCCCUGUGUUCAUUCGGUUGUGUCCUCUCCCUGCUCUUUAACUAGCUUUGAACGUUUCGUUUUAAUUUUGUGUUCAGGAAAUGUAUUCGUUCUGCUGAACGGAGACCACCCUGGGUAGCAAUCAGAAUUUGGAAAACCGAGUAAUCACACUAAAAACCGCAACUUAAUUGAGUGCCCCUAGGUGGCCGCCAUUCGGCAUACGAACACGUGGCAAGAACAAAGGAUGGCGGCCAUCUUAAAUCUCCCUAAUGCGGCCAGCGGGACUUACUCGUGGAUUGCCUGGAACUAUUUUCGGCAUGGCAAUCACACGAACGUCCGGUCAUUAUGGAAGUCCCGUCUGACCUAUUUCCACUCAUAGUAUCAAACCAGCGUUCGGAGGUUUAAUCUACCAAACGAGGGGCGCACUCUCAUGUAACCAGCCACAACAUAUCUAUGGUAGUUUUCGUGUAAUUCUGCGUGAACGGAGACCGGCUCUUGCUACUGAUUUCAUGGAACUCUAAAUCGGAUACCACCACAUGGCGAGCUGGUCAAACUUCCACACGAUGCAACACGGAAACUACCGAACUGAUUUUUGUGAAAUUGGGGCAUGUGACUCCCAGUAUCCUCAGCUACCCAGGGAUGUGGUUAUAUAUUUCUAUGUUAUGCAGAAAAUAUUUUUCAAAAAUGUUGAAAAUUGUAAUGUUUCUGGCCAGCAGAUAAUUGAGUUUAGUAUGUUGCUGAAACUCAAUUAUUUAGCCUGGCCCAGAGGAGGAGUCUGUUACUAUAUAAAUUGAAUGCCUGUUGCUUCCAGUAAAUAAGUCUUGUUCCAGCAUUAAUCUUUGGCUCAUAUGUGGAUUAUUUGGCGAUACCAGCGAUAUUUAUUUAUUCCUGUGGAUUAUUAUUAUUCUGCUACGGGGAAAAAAGGAAUACUGGACGGUGAUACAGUUUACUACCGUCACAAUCUCUGUGGUGGCCACCAACUGCAGAAGAAAGCAUUUAUAGCAAUGAUUGACAGGGAAGCAGGCUUGAACCAUUUUCACGAUAAAUAGGUAUUAAUUUCUACGUUUUUAUUUUUCACACCUCACAAAUAUAUUUUUUUAAAUAAACAUUUAAAAAAAAAAAAAUACAGGUACGUGACACAUUCCCUCUUUAAAAGAAUUCCGCACAUGUAUAUUCUAAAUUGUAUGUGGCACUAUUUAUAAAAGCACAUAUCAGUGUUAUAGGGUCAGUCGUUUAUUCAAGUUUGCUACUCUGUGGUAUAUUGCAGAAUGGAAAUUUUAAUUAAUGUAAUCAGAAUUUUUCUGUAUCUUUCCUUUUUGUUUUCUUUCAGUAUAUGAUUUCUUUACAUGGCAGUACUUUGCAUAUGCUGUCCAUUGUCCUGUGAAAAUUGUGUCCAGGGAAAGAUGGUGGCAUAGAGCAUCAUUGCUGACAUUAAGGGGACACUAUAGCCACCAGAACUACAGCUUAAAGAAACACUAGAGCCACCAGAACUACUACAGCUUAUUGUAUUGUUGAGUAUAAUCAUUCCCAUAAGGCUUUUUGCAGUAAACGCUGUCUUUUCAGAGAUGCCUCCAAUGGCCGCUAUUCAUAUGGCUACUGGAGCUGCUUCCAGGGGCAGUGCUGCCAUUCAGUCUGUUGGCCGAUACAGAUAUUGCUUAAAAUACAGAAUAUCGGCCAAACCGAUGAUAGAUCCCUAGUAUUCAAUGCAUCUCUAUGACGAGAUGCUUAUUGGGCUGUGAUUGGCUUGUGCUGGCUUUGCCCAUGAUCUGCCUCCUUGACAGUCUUAAGCAAACCUGUUAGCAGAUUGUGACUUACACAUGUUGCCAGAACAGCGUAAUUGCUCUUGUUAAUAGUUAUGUAUCUCUUAUUAUUAAUUGCACGUAGUGUACCUAUUUAUAUAUAAUUUUUUUAUUAUUAUUUAUUUUAGAUUGUCCAAGCUAUAGGUAUGGAACAUCUGAUUGCUGUUCUUAAAGAGAUGUGAUUGAAUGUGUGUGUGAAACUGGAGUGAAAAGUGUGAAUGUAUUAGGGAAGCUUGACUCUUAAUACCAAAUCUACUUGUGAACAUUGAAAAUAAAUUACUUCUGUAAUAGAUUUCACAGCACAACCUUACCUUUCAAUAAAUAAGCAUUAUGAUUAAAGUCUUGGAUGUGGCAUUGCUAACAUCUUGGCUCGUGUUAGUGAGGCUCCGUUUUGAGAACAGGUUUGCUCUUGAAAUUGUGUGAGUAAUUUCCUUACACAAGUCCUGGAUAUGUCGCCUUUGCCAAAAGAUGAGCAAUACACAGAGAAAUAACUAACAAUGGCGCUGCGUUUAUUUAUGAACUGUAUGCCUCCUAAUACUCGACUAGCAGACACUGUUGGACAUGUAGUCCCAAACGAUGUUAGUGAUCACGAAUACACAACAAAAUCUUCUAAUAGUGUGCAUUCUAACAUGGCAACGGUUUCCAUUCCUUCCCUAAAUUGACCCCUACAAUUUAUCUGAUACAACUUAUCUUUUUCAGUUUUAGUUGUACAAAGUGGCAGUGGUACAUUUAUCAGCUAUAUAGCUACAAUUGAUUACAGCUGCCCUGCUUUCACAGGUCUGUUACCAUGCCUUUCAGUGGCUAAUUUGUUAAAUUUCACUGAUAUUUGAAAUGGUUUUAUCUUGCAGAGCAUGCAUUUCAUUUGGCCCCAAGAACAGAGCAAUUGGAGCAGCAGCAAAAGGCCAGGUAAGUAAGCAACUAGAGUGUAAGGAAUAAAUAUUUGCAUUCCUUAAAGAUAAAAUUGUUGGUGGCAACCUGGGUUUUGCUGAUAAUAUAGGUGUAUGAUAUGUUUAAUACAGAUUGUAUCCUAAUGUUUUCACUUAUCACCUUACUCAGUUUGUACAUUGUGAGUACUGUGAAGUGUUGAACACCAUUAUAGAAGAAUGGGAACCUAGUAAACCGUUUUCAAAGUCCAAAGUAAUCAUUCAGUAAGGAUCCUUAAUCCAUUUAACCCCCAUAGCAGACUUCAGACCCACCUGGCCUUGUAUCUUGGUGAACUUUCAGGCCUUCCUUGUUGGUCACCUUUAUUCUGGGUAGCUAAGCUCAAAUUCAGAAAGAUUCUGCAAAUCUGAACCAGCACUAGUCUCUUGCUCCACAAACCUGUUUGUUCUCAGGACCAAAGGUACAUAUAUGAUCAUUAAAGUAACCAAUGCGCCUUUAAAAGGUGUUUGUAGUAUAAUCGAAAACAGACUUUCUAGGUUUAUGAACAGUCCUCAGUCUUUUCUAGCUGUCCUUCAGAACCAAAAUAUGUUGUGUGGUUUUUUUUUUUUUUUUUGGUUUUUUUUUUUGCCAAAGGGUCACCAUAAGCUAUCUUUCCUGCAAACAUGCCUUCACAAAAUGUUUAAUGGAAUCCACUGAGCAUGAGGAAUUAGGAUUGUUUGCUUAGUAGUGUUAAAAGAUUUGUCUUUGUAAGAGAUACAGAAGUUGCACCCUAGAGAGAUUUUAUUAAAUUCAUUAGAAUCAUAAAAGUCUGGUUCUUUUUCUUCAAUCUGUAUGAAUAGACAUUUGCUUCUGGUUGCCAUAUUUACCAAUUUUCCAUUAGUUGUCAUGCACACAAUGCUUAGUACAUUUGAAUGGCAGUUCCUUGUGCAUGGAUGUGUGUAGGAUCCUGCCGUUAUGCUGGGCAUGUUUGAAGAGGGAAGAUGGCAGUAGAAGAUCUUAAAGGAUCACUAUAGUGUCAGGAAAACCGGUUUUCUUGACCCUAUGGUACCCUGAGGGUUCCCCCACCCUCAGGGUCCCUCUCCUGUGGUGCUGAAGGGGUUAAUUUUAAUUACUCACCUUCUUCCACCGCCGGGCUCUCUUACAUCUCCUCCCCUGCUGGUGUCAGCGGAGUGGAAUGCGUAUGCGCGACAGUGCCGCGUGCUCUUCAAAGUGUCAGUAGGAAAGCAUUUUUCACUGCUUUCCUAUGGACGCUCUGCGUGAUUGAGGCAUAAUAUGCCUCCAGCUUCGCAGAUGCGCCUCUAGUGGCUGUCUGAACCCCAAAUGUAAACAUAGCAGUUUCUCUGAAACUGCUAUGUUUACAGCAGGCAGGGUUAACCCUAGAGGGACCUGGCACCCAGACCACUUCAUUGAGCCGAAGUGGUCUGGGUGACUAUAGUGUCCCUUUUAAGAUGACUUUAAUUUCUCCCUUCCUUCUUACAUCCAGAUGCCACCAACUGUUGCACGUUUUAACUUGAGGUUGUCUUCAUAAAAAUGCAGAGGAUCUUACAAUUGACAUCACCUCUUGUUUUAUAGAGAACCUAGUUUUGCAGUGGUUCUCCAACCAAAAUGUCAUGGGUACAUGCUGCUAUUGAAUGCCUGUUGCCAGCAUGCUCUACACCCUGGCAACAGAUGUCCAAUUUAUAGGAAAUGGCUUGUUCCGGCUGUCUAAAAAUGUCCCAAUGGCACUGCAAGAGGUGGAGUUACAUUUCUAGUGGCGAAGGGGUUAAACUGUCUCUGCAAUGUUUUUUGUUUCUAAAUGUUGCAUAUAGACUCCAAGCACCAGACUGCUUCAAAUCACAAGUGUUCAUAUUACUAGAAGUAACUCUUUAAGGUGUGGUAUGAAUAAGGCUAGAGCAUGAUUUAUUUAGUAGACAAAGCAGGCGCACCAUGGCAACUUGAGCAAAACCAAACAUUGAUAGCGUUUCAGGCAGAUUUUGUAUGGGUUUUUCCUACUUUCAUUUUUCAUUGAGCUUCCUUUUCUGUCACCUGAAUCUGUGUGUUGGAAAUAAAUAUAUCCUACUGAUAAUGUAGUUGUAAUAAUGUGCUGACAUUAUGUGCUCUGCUUCCUCUAGGUGAUUUCAAAUGCAAAGAACACAUUACAAGGCUUCAAAAGGUUCCAUGGCCGAGCUUACACAGAUCCCUUUGUACAGUCGGAAAAACCUGGUAAUGCUUACGAGCUUGUUGAGUUGCCAACAGGUGCAACUGGUUUCAAGGUGAAUAAAGUGAAAUCAUUUUUUUUUCCUGCAGUGUGUAUCAAACGACUGCAUAUUACUUUCUCAUUGUUUGUUUAAAUGUGUUUCCUGCCCGUGUUGUAAUAUUAUGGAAAAGAGACUCAGUCAUAAACAUGUGGUUUUGUAGUACUGCCGAUCAUUUUUAUUUAUACAUUGUGCUGGCCAAAUUGUUAAUGCGUGUGUAGAAAGUAAAUGAUUAUACUUGGUUUACCUAUCGAUGCACUUUUAGUGCCAAGUACCAUCGCAGAAGGGAAACUGCAGAGAGGCUCUGGAAAUAAAUGUGAGCAGCUUAAUGAGCUGGCUGUCUUGUACAACUUAUUGUGGGAAGCCAUGCACUGCCUACGUUCACUAUUUGAAUGACAUAAUGGACUUUAAGUUAGAUAUGUGUAUAUCUUACAAUAUGUCGAUUGUGUUUUGAUAGUUAGCGUGUCUCUUAAAAUUUGUAUAUUUUUAAAUGUCAGUUGUAAUUUGUGUAUUAAUGUUUGUUGUUGUGGUGAAUAGUAAUAAUUGUGCUUUGCACAGGUUAUGUACCUUGAAGAGGAGCGAAGUUUCACUGCGGAGCAAAUUACAGGAAUGCUGCUGAGUAAGCUGAAAGAGACUGCAGAGAGUGCACUCAAGAAGCCUGUGGUGGAUUGCGUUAUUGCUGUGAGUAACUGUCCAAAAUGUGUAAAAUAAAUAAAAUGUUGAUUACUAAAUCACUUGAUAUACUAGUGAUGGAUAACUCUAACUUGCUUUCAGCCAUUCAUUGCUGUUCUGGUUGGACACAUUUGAUAAUGGAGAAAUAACUUUCAUUGACACUAAUAUGACUUCUGAACAGUUUGUCAUAAAACACCAGGUGGACGGGGCACAGAUAUCAUGCAUCUUACCUUGCCAUGGGAUGUCAGAAUGUAUAUUAUCAUAUAUUCAUCCACCUAUCUUUUGUCAGGUUCCCUGUUUCUUCACUGACGCAGAAAGGAGGUCUGUAAUGGAUGCCACACAGAUAGCUGGACUCAACUGCCUAAGGCUGAUUAAUGAAACUACUGCAGGUAAUGUAUGAUGUAAAAGCAGGUUUAUUUGGCGCUUUACCAUCCGUAUUACAGGGAUUAAAAUAGGGGACUAUAAUAGGUGUAGAUUAGCACGGUACCUUAUAAAACCUUGCAUUACAUUAGGAGUCAUGAUGGGACAAGGAAGAUGUGAUGUUUUUGUUUCAGCACUGAUCGUAAAUAUGCAAUGGCAACUUUCUUUAUCAAAGUUGCUCUUUGCAUUUUAAUUGAUAUAUCUCUCUCUUCCGAUGUUUUGGACUACAAAACGAGCAUUAUGGGGGAUGUAGUACACAACAUCUGGAGUGCCGAAGGUUGCCUAUCCCUGGUCUAGUAUAACUGUAAUUUUGCUCUCUGAUCCUAGCAUGGAGAUUGAAACAUCCGUUUCAAAGUUUAUUCCUGUGCCAGAAAUAUUGCCAGUGUAGUUUGGAACUGGUAAUAUGAAAUUAAAGCAGUUCUGUUGCUUUUUGUUUUUUUUUGUAAUGAUAGGAUCUGUACGAAAACCUCUUGUAGACUUUGUGUAGGAAUUAUUUAUUUUAUUCCCAGCACAGUAAAAUGAUAAAUACAUGAUACAAUAGGAACUGCUAGUACUUUGUCUUAUACAAGUGCUGAUGUUUGGCUAUGGAUGAAACUUUUUAAUCCUACCACUUAUUGUUAGCCAUCAGUCUCAUUGGUAAUUGUAACAGGCAUCGUAUCUGGCAAUAGAUACAUAUGGCUUAUUACUCAUACUUUCUUUUCUUUAUGGAAGAUCUAGCAGGAUCUUCCUUGGACCCAGUUUUUGUACUCUUAAACAUCCAUCAAAGUGCAAUAUAGAUGAUUGCUCCUAAGGUGAAGCCUACAGGAGCUGAAACAAAAUAGCAGAAGAACAAUGGAUGCUGGAAGGAAAAAUUUAGGAAACACAUGUCUCCACCAGUUACAUUGUCACUUUAAGUCAAAGUUUGGAAUUGUGUGUUGUAGAAGAUUUUAGUAUAGUGCAGUAGUUUGUGAACUGCUAGUUCUCAUUAUGUCUUUAUUUUUCCUCCAGUUGCCCUUGCUUAUGGAAUAUAUAAGCAAGAUUUGCCUGCCCCAGAAGAGAAGCCAAGGAUUGUGGUAUUUGUGGACAUGGGGCACUCUGCAUAUCAAGUGUCUGUCUGUGCUUUUAACAAGGGCAAGCUGAAAGUAAGUACAUUUUUCUUUUCACAGUUUGUUUUAAAUGUUCCCUCAAAUUAAUCAUGUGUUUCCCUCCAAAUUGCAUACCUUGAGUGAGCUGUGGCCAUGCCUUAUCAUAUGUGGGAAAAACUCCUUCCCUGUGGAGUUUUAAUUUUUCAUGUGCAGGAAUUAUAUAUUUCUAUGAGUAUCUGCAUAAGAUGUUAAUGGGGUUAUUCAGUAAAGUCCAGAUGCACUUCAGAUUGGUAACAUUUUGUUAAAUUUAUCAAAUUCAAAGUGUGCAAUUGUAUAAACACAAGGUUGAAUUUAGACCAUUUCAACUAACUGAGCGCACCCUCCAGUGUCAGCUUGAGAAUAUGCAAAUCUUGAAAAAAAUAUGGGAUUUUCAUCUUUAUCAGUCAGCAAAUCUCAACUGAAUUUACUCGAAACAAAUCUGGUACCAGGAAUAUUCACGAUGAUUUAAUUUUUUUGUAAGCCAGCCUUGAGAAAUGUAAAACCGGCAAGCAGGUAAUUUUUUUGAAACUGUCCAAAAAUGACUAAAAUCUAAACAUCGUAUGACUUUGUUUAGGUAUUUUGGACCCCUUAAUGGAGCUUAUACUUUUUCUUUCAAAAAAAGGCGAUCAAAUUUGUGCUAAUGACACUUUUUUGAAAUAAGUUCUGUUAGAAUUUGGCAAAAUUUGAUUGGCCUUAAUUUGCAGGGAGUAAGAUGCUAAUUCUGUCUUAUCUUAUUACCAUUGUAUUUAAACAUUCCACUUUUAGAUUUCAGCUGCUUAUUUCACUGCUGUACUCACAUUGAGGUAUAUGUAGGAUCGUGCGAGACCUCAAGAUCCUCCAUAGACAGAGCCAAUUCCCUGCAGCUGUUACUGGUGACUGCUGGGGGGGGGUGAUGACCAUAUUUUUUUAUUUAUAAAGUUCCAACAAGGUCCGUUGCGCUGUACAAUGAACUACACUACGAUGUUUAGCCAGCCUUGAAAUGAUUAUAGAACUAGUUGGUGAUUUCUUAAAAUGCGGAAUCUCAUAGUGGGCAUCUUUCAGCUAUGUUUUGUAUACCAGACAUGCCCAAGUGAAUUGUGCUUGGCAAAACGGUCCCACAAGAUUCAUGUAGAUUUUUGCAGUGCGUUAUACAGUGAUUGCAUUCCCAUCCUGUCACUUGCGAUCCUUUUCAUGUUCAUGGAGCUGCAGCACUGGUUUCUCCACAGUUUGGCCAUUUAUUCGGUUUUGUCAUAUAGUAUAAAUAGUAGCUUGUUUCUGCCAAUGGUAAAUCUUCUACCCAGCCUUACUAUGGCUUCUACGUGGUUAGAAUACUUGCUACAUUUUGCUGGGUGAUUAUCAUCUUCUGUAGCAUGUCUUCUCUUAAAGGCUUAAGUUGUUUUAGGAGGCAGUAGACAUAACCUUAACAUGUUGAAGAUGCUGAUUUAUUUUAAAGUAUUCGUUGAAUAUUCAAUUCAUAUUGUUAUAAUUACAGUAAACCUAUUCAUCUUUGUUUUUGUUGUGAACUUGAAUACUGUCAUGUAAAAAAAUAAAAAAUAUAUAAUCACACACAGUGAUAAAAAUAUAUUGAAUUUUUAAAAAAAUUUUUUUUUAAUAAUGUGAUUUUGAGACUUACAAUUUAUAUAUGUAAUUUCUCAUUCUUCUAGGUUCUAGCUACUGCCUUCGAUUCAACAUUGGGGGGGAGGAAGUUUGAUGAGGUUUUGGUCAACUAUUUCUGUGAGGAGUUUGGUAAAAAAUACAAGUUGGCAAUCAGGUCGAAUAUCAGGCCUUUGCUGCGCCUUGCACAGGAGUGUGAAAAACUGAAAAAACUGAUGAGUGCAAAUGCUUCUGAGCUGCCGCUGAAUAUUGAAUGUUUUAUGAAUGAUAUUGAUGUCUCUGGAUCAAUGAACAGGUAAGAGAAUUACAUUAUUUUAAACAUGUUAUCAUGGUGCCCCGGUUUUCGGAUUCCAUGUUUUCUGCUUUUAUUUGUGUUUGAUAGACUAAUUAUUACCAAAUCCCAUUUUUUUCUAUAAAGACCUAGAAACAUAUUUCCCUGUAAGCACUUUUUGCUAUUUAUAUGUGGCCACUGUCUUUUUAACAGUCUGAAGCAGCAUUCUUAAUUUAGUAUAAAAUAAUCUUAUCUAUACUUGUCUAAUGUAUAGUUAGUGAAUACUGUAUUUGACUGUAGAGAAUGCCUCCCUCAAAAGGUUUAGUGUAAAGGCUAAAUAACCUUUUAUGCCUUUUAUUGAUAUGAAAGACUCUGAUUUUCAGGUGAUAGUGUGCACAGUGUUCUGAUUUCUGUGCCCAUUUUCAAGCAAUGGUUUUAGGGUUAGUUUUUCAUCAUGGUUCCUGACGAGAAAUUGCCCUGCACACAAUGAACAAGUAAUGGCAAUGAACAAAAAAAUACCAGAUCUUUACACAAUGAAAUAUUACAUAAUACUUUAAAUGAACACUAUAGGGUCAGAAACACACAUGUAUUCCUGACCCAAUUCUGGAGCUGUUGCCUCUGUCUUCUGACAUCAUCAGAAGUGGUGAUCUGAGCCAAUCACAAUGCUUCCCCAUAGGAUUGGCUGAGACUGUCGAGGAGACAGAUCAGGGGCAGAGCAGCACAAAUCAAACACAGCCCUGGCCAAUCAGCAUCUCCUCAUAGAGAUGAAUUGAAUCAAUGAAUCUCUGAGGAAAGUUCCGUGUCUGCAUGCAGAGGGAGGAGACACUGAAUGUUUGAAUGCAUUUUAGGCAGCCAUGACCCAGGAAGGAUCUCUAACAGCCAUCUAAGGAGUGGCCAGUGAAGUUAUCACUAAGCUGUAAUGCAAAACACUGCAUUUUCUCUGAAAAGACAGUGUUAACAGCAAAAAGCCUGAAGGUAAUGAUUCUACUCCUCAGAACAAAUGCAAUAAGCCGUAAUUGUUCUGGUGACUACAGGGAGUGCAGAAUUAUUAGGCAAAUGAGUAUUUUGACCACAUCAUCCUCUUUAUGCAUGUUGUCUUACUCCAAGCUGUAUAGGCUCGAAAGCCUACUACCAAUUAAGCAUAUUAGGUGAUGUGCAUCUCUGUAAUGAGAAGGGGUGUGGUCUAAUGACAUCAACACCCUAUAUCAGGUGUGCAUAAUUAUUAGGCAACUUCCUUUCCUUUGGCAAAAUGGGUCAAAAGAAGGAUUUGACAGGCUCAGAAAAGUCAAAAAUAGUGAGAUCUUGCAGAGGAAUCCAGCACUCUUAAAAUUGCAAAGCAACAGGGUCGCAAGAAGCGUGUGGAAAAACCAAGGCGCAAAAUAACUGCCCAUGAACUGAGAAAAGUCAAGCGUGCAGCUGCCACGAUGCCACUUGCCACCAGUUUGGCCAUAUUUCAGAGCUGCAACAUCACUGGGGUGCCCAAAAGCACAAGGUGUGCAAUACUCAGAGACAUGGCCAAGGUAAGAAAGGCUGAAAGACGACCACCACUGAACAAGACACACAAGCUGAAACGUCAAGACUGGGCCAAGAAAUAUCUCAAGACUGAUUUUUCUAAGGUUUUAUGGACUGAUGAAAUGAGAGUGAGUCUUGAUGGGCCAGAUGGAUGGGCCCGUGGCUGGAUUGGUAAAGGGCAGAGAGCUCCAGUCCGACUCAGACGCCAGCAAGGUGGAGGUGGAGUACUGGUUUGGGCUGGUAUCAUCAAAGAUGAGCUUGUGGGGCCUUUUCGGGUUGAGGAUGGAGUCAAGCUCAACUCCCAGUCCUACUGCCAGUUCCUGGAAGACACCUUCUUCAAGCAGUGGUACAGGAAGAAGUCUGCAUCCUUCAAGAAAAACAUGAUUUUCAUGCAGGACAAUGCUCCAUCACACGCGUCCAAGUACUCCACAGCGUGGCUGGCAAGAAAGGGUAUAAAAGAAGAAAAUCUAAUGACAUGGCCUCCUUGUUCACCUGAUCUGAACCCCAUUGAGAACCUGUGGUCCAUCAUCAAAUGUGAGAUUUACAAGGAGGGAAAACAGUACACCUCUCUGAACAGUGUCUGGGAGGCUGUGGUUGCUGCUGCACGCAUUGUUGAUGGUGAACAGAUCAAAACACUAACAGAAUCCAUGGAUGGCAGGCUUUUGAGUGUCCUUGCAAAGAAAGGUGGCUAUAUUGGUCACUGAUUUGUUUUUGUUUUGUUUUUGAAUGUCAGAAAUGUAUAUUUGUGAAUGUUGAGAUGUUAUAUUGGUUUCACUGGUAAUAAUAAAUAAUUGGAAUGGGUAUAUAUUUGUUUUUUGUUAAGUUGCCUAAUAAUUAUGCACAGUAAUAGUCACCUGCACACACAGAUAUCCCCCUAACAUAGCUAAAACUAAAAACAAACUAAAAACUACUUCCAAAAAUAUUCAGCUUUGAUAUUAAUGAGUUUUUUGGGUUCAUUGAGAACAUGGUUGUUGUUCAAUAAUAAAAUUAAUCCUCAAAAAUACAACUUGCCUAAUAAUUCUGCACUCCCUGUAUAGUGUCCCUUUAAUUUGAAUAGCCGCAACCUUGUGUGGCAGCUGCUGCCAGGAAGUACUACUACAAUAUUGGGUCUUCUGUUAAAAGAAACCAUACAUUUGCACCUUAAAUUACCAUGCAAUAAAGAUACAUGAUGCUGUGUGUAUUAGAAGAUUUUUAUUUCUGGGUAUUUCAGACAUUUAUACACAAAUUGACAUGUUGAGUCAUAGUUUAUGUGGAUGUUUUCAUAAUUCCUUGAUGGCAUUGUUUUAAGAAUAUUUUAGAGUAUAUUCAGAGCCACAAAACAAGACUUUAGGAAUGUUUUAUUGCUUUUCUAGCUCACAGUUUGUGAGAUUAUUUCCUAAAGGACCACUGACGCUGCUAAUUCCCAUUUCAAUAAGUAUUUUACAAGCAAUAGUAUGAACCAAAAGCUGACUUAUCUUGUGUAUUAAAUGUAUAGAAGUGAAUUCCAAGUGUUAUGGGAAAAAGGCUAUAAUAUUUUUCAUAUUUUGGCCUUUUUAAAAGUUUCACAUAUGUAGACGCCUCUUGUUUUUAAUAAGUGGGCUUUAUACCUUUUUCUGAUAUUUCUAUUUCAUGAUAACACAUUGGAAAAUGCUUGUAUAUAAUCACAGAGUAAGCCUAUUUCCAUUGGAGUUCAAAUACAGAAUGCUGUCUGUUAUAUCCUGUCACUAGAGCCUAUAAAGUUUUGUUUUUCAGCUGAAUCUUUGUUACAAGCAUUUUGUUUUUCUUUAUAAAGGGGACAUUUUGAAGAAAUGUGUGACAGUCUUUUAUCUCGUAUUGAGGCACCGCUACGCAGCAUUUUGGAACAAGCCAGUAAGUACAUACAAUUUACUACUAGUAAUUAACAUUAUCAGGACAUUGAGAUGAUUUCACAUGGGACAUCUCUAACCGUUUUAUUUAAAAAAAAAAAAAAAAAAAAUUGUUUUUUGAAUUGAAUCCUUUCUGGUUUUUAUUCUCAUUUUCGCUAUUCAGCUUUUUUUCUACUUUUUCCUUCCUUCCAGUGUUAUCUUUUUGUGUGUGUUUCCUGUUUUUCGGUGGGUGUUUAAGGAUGUUUUAAAUGACUUGCUUUACUCGGCCUGGAUAAAUCUGUUCUCUAUUCUGAUUUGACAAUUUACGGUUCUUUUCUUGGUAUAACUUAGGGAAGUUUAAUUUAGGUCCCUAGUAGACCAAAACCAAAUGCCUUUGUGCCUAGCACCAAUAUAUUCUAUUUUUGCUGUUCAUCCUCUAUUCGCAUCCUUCCCACAACCUUCAUUGCAUUAUAUUUUACGCAUUACUAGUGCUUUUUGUUAUGAUUUAUCCUAUUCACAAGCUUUUCAUUCCCUUUAAAGUUUGCUAUGUGGUCUUUGAGAAAAUGUUAAACUGUCUAUUUCACUGCCCUAUUGUCACUUACCAGUUACUUCCUUGUCUGUUUCCCUCAGUGGAGCUAAACUCAAAAGGCAAGCAAUUUCCCUGUGAUCAGGCAGCCACAGAUAGAUGGGGUUUAACAUGAAGGAGGGGGAGGGCUUGCAAAGGCAGCAGACAGAAGAACUGCAGCCUUUACAAGCUGUUUUCAGAUAUACCCCCAAUGGAACAAAUGCAUAAUUGCAUGCUUGCUUUCAUUUGGGCUAUAAAUACUAAAGAGUGGUGUGUGUGUGUGUGUGUGUGUGUUACAUUCUCAAAGAACCACAUUGAUGCACCAAAACAACUAUAAAGAUGUAGUGGUUAUAGGUCCUCAGUGUACCUUUAAUGCACUCAACACUUGAGACACUAAUAAAAUAGGACAUUUGCUUGGUUUCUUACAGAAUGCUUUGGGUUUUAGAGUCUGAUUCUAUAGAAAAAAUGCAAAAAACAUUUAAAGGCAAAUUUUUAAAAAUUAUUUUCAAAUUUAUUUUCAUAGAGCUGAAAAAAGAAGAUAUUUACUCUGUAGAAAUAAUCGGUGGUGCCACUCGAAUUCCUGCCGUUAAAGAACGAAUAGUAAAGUACUUUGGUAAAGAGGUCAGCACAACCUUGAAUGCUGAUGAAGCUGUAGCUAGAGGAUGUGCUUUGCAGGUUUGUAUUUUGGAGACUGUUCAAGCAGUAUCAGUUUGCUGGCUGUCUUGAGUUUUUCAAUAAAUCGUCACUGUCGCUUAUCGGUAUUUUUAAAAAGAUGUUUCUAAGAUUCCCAUUUAAACUUUUGUCUUAUGAGGUCUUCUCAGCUUCAAAGAUAUUCCAACAAAGUCAGUCUAAUGUAGAUUUCCAACUUUAUAGCUAUCAGACUGUUGGUGAUGAGUACUGGGAAAAGCUAUCUGCACAAGUGGUUUUAUGGAUGUUCCUGCUGUGUCAUGGAAUAGAUUUCUAUAUUGUGGUCUUUUGUGUGACAACCACCAGGAAAUUAGGAGACUUUAAAGUGUGCUUUUUCACUGGCCCACAGCACAUAAAGUGGGGAGGUUGAGGUUGAGCUGGGUGGCCAGUGAUAGUAUGUACCAUUUCUCUCAAAGGGAGGCCAGUGAUAAGCUGAGGCCGAGUGUAUCAAUUAACUCAAUCACCAGCCACAAUGCUAAACCUUACUCAUAAAAAACUUAUAAAAUCGAAAACCUAACUCCAACACUAUAUCAGCACAGGUUAAUGACCACACAAUAGCAGCAUUGGUAAAGAGCAAUACAAAUAGUAGCAUAAAAGAUUGUAUAGCUGAAAGUGCAUGAAACACUGUAGCAUUCAAAAUCCAAAUAGUCAAUUCUGAAAGUCUUAUAUCCACAUAAGUAGGAGAUGCAGUGUAUAUCAAUACUGGGAAUAGGUGUCCUAAUUAGAUCUGAAGCUUAGAGUCUGUUUUUAAAAGCCAAAUUCCGUUAUCAAUGGUUAAGGCUGGCUUUUUUCACGUUGUGUUCACAAAUAAUUUCUUGUAUCUUUAGAAAACGUCUUAACAUUUGUUAGACUACAGGGACUAUCUUUUUGCACAGAACCACUACAUUAAGUUUUUUCCGGUUCCUGACUUUUUCCUAAUUGAAGUGUUUUCUGUGACUAGUGGAAUAGACCAGAUAAGCUUUUUUUUUAUUUAUUUUUUGAUUAUGGUAUCACUUUGUUUUUGCAGUGUGCAAUUCUUUCUCCAGCUUUCAAAGUGAGAGAGUUUUCAAUCACUGACUUGGUGCCAUAUUCUAUUUCAUUGAAGUGGAAUUCUCCAGCAGAGGAAGGAUUAAGGUGAGACUGAGGCCAUUAUUUUAUUUUGUGCACUAGUGACUACCUAAAAAUAGUUUACAAAAAUAUUUUGGGUGGGGAGGUUGAAGGGGAAAUGUCUUAAAAUGUAUUCCAUUGUCAAUUAUUGGAUUAGUGAAUAACAUUGUUAAUAGAUGGUUAUAAAUGUCUGACCUUUUUGGGCAUACGUUUAGAUGUAGAUGAGGACACAGUUUAAAACAAACUAUUUUUUGUAAAUUAGAACCUGUUUUUCAAACAUAUUUUUAGUGUCUUUCUAAUACGUAUAAUAUUCAUUUCUAGUUUUAGAAGUUUAUUUUUGCAGUUCCAAAUAGUAAUUAUUUGAUUUUUAACUGCAUUGUUUUGCAGUCUGUCAUGUUUAUUUUUGUGCUUUCAAUUUUUAUAUUUAGUGAUUGUGAGGUAUUUCCGAAAAACCAUGCAGCUCCAUUCUCGAAAGUGCUUACUUUCUACAGGAAGGAUCCUUUCACACUUGAUGCUUAUUACACCACACCAAAGGAACUGCCCUAUCCUGAUCCCUCCUUAGGUAAAUACAACCGUUCUCGAAGUGCUCUGCAAUGCUGACCUGUAAGGGUACAAUCUGAAUCUCACAUGUGCAUGUUUCAAUUUUGGUAAACAUGUUUAAAAAGUUCAUGUAAAUACUAUACUUUGAUCUUGUUCUAAAUGACUUAAUCAGUUGGUCAUGAAGUCUCUUAAAGGAACACUCUUUAAACUAAAACUGGAAACCAUUGAUUUUUUUUUUUUUUGAUUUAGACUAGUGAUCUCAUCCAAAAUAGGGCUUAAGUUACCUGUAUUCUAGUGUAGAGAUCGAUUAUUCUCCAAAGUUCGAUCUGCCUUCUGUGAUAUUUUCAAUUCUGAUAUACAUUUUUCCAGUCGGAUGCUUCUCAAACAGAAACACUGAGAACAGCACUUGUGUAAUAAUCUCUGCGAUCCACCAGUCCAGUGCUUCUUUGAGAAUCACUGGAAGCACACAGAUUGAAAUAUCAGCAUACUUUUCAUUCUCACUCCAGACUCUAAAUUUAUUUAGUAAGUCUGUUUGUGUCAAGCCACUAGUGUGCCUUCUAGACUUGUUCUUUGUUUUGGCUGAUUCGUCUGAAUCAAAUUCCUUUGUAUCCACACCUGAACGAAUCAAUCCAUCUGCUAUUUAACUCUAGAGUUUUAUGUAAUGAAUAAGGCUCCACGGGUAAACAUGCGGUUUCUCAAAAAUGGGACUCUCUACAACUGCUUUGACAGGUCAGCAUCUAUGUCACCUAAAUCACAAUUUUAAUAUGAAGUGAUUUUGAUCAUUCGAUUGUCUUUUAAGGUGAUGGCUAUAAUUCAGUUACACCUUCUUCUAGAAAUGGUUUGCGAUAUCUACUGUUCCCUAAAAUAGAAGGCCCUUUUUUUUCUGAGAUUUUCUUUUCCUUUUUUUUUUUUUUUUUCCGGCAGAUAUUGAUAUGGAAGCACUUUAUUUAAAUUUUAGUGCAAACGUAUUUAACCCUUUGGGCUGUAUUUUUGGGCAGAUCGUUUCUUUAAAUAUUUAGUAAAUUAAAUGUUGCUUUAGGUUUAAAAAAAUUCUCCUUUGAAGCUUCGGUAGAGGAAAUCUAAAGCAUUUGUGCUUGUGGUUUUUUUUUUUUUGUUUUGUACAAUUACAAUCUUUAGCUAAAUGGAGUCGUUAAGGCUAGAACAAAGUCAGUGAGCUAUUUCUUAUCCAUUUUUAUUUAUUUUUUUUGUCCUGUUUUGUUUAAAGCUUUGUUUUGUAUGUUCAGUUAAAGAAUGUAGUGACUUUAAUUUCUUUGAAUUGGUUUCAUGAAUACUUCUUCAUAAAACUUAAUGUUGGAAUAUAUUGAUUUGCCUGCCAUAUUGAAUCAUAAAGCAGAGAUUUGCCUUGAAGGGACACUAUAUAUAGGCACCAAGACCACUUCAACUCAUUGAUUCAAUGCUUUCCUAUGGGGAGGCCUAAUGCGCCGCUAGUCCUAGGACGUCUGAGAAAGCAGUCACAACACAGCACCAAGGGACAUCGGUGCUGGGACAAGGUAAGUAAAGGGUUUUAAUGUCUGGGGGGAGGCAGAGGGAGCCAUAAUGCCAGGAAUACAGUUUUGUAUUCCUGACACUUAUAAUAUCCCUUUAAGCAUCUAAAAAGGCCUUUGGAAUAUUGACGCUAGAUACCUUUGUGACUAACUCUAUCAGAGGGAAUAGAAGCAGGCAAUUUAGUGCUGGCAAUUACAUGCUAAAUAACUCACAAUGCUAAUGCGGUACUCUGAAUCAAAGGCAAUAUGAAUGUAAUUCCAUGUGAUUUUUUUUUUUUUUUUAAACAGGUCAGUUCCAUAUUCAGAAAGUGAUUCCUCAGGCUGAUGGCUCCAGCUCCAAGGUCAAAGUGAAAGUACGCGUGAAUGUCCAUGGUAUAUUUAGUGUGUCCAGUGCUUCACUCGUUGAAAUCCAUAAGAUAGAAGAAGGCGAAGAACCCAUGGAAACAGAACAGACUGGGAAAGAGGAGGAGGUAUGGCUUAUGAAUUAUUCAUGCUUGUGUUAUUACUACUGCUACAAGAUACCACAGAAUGAGUCCUCUUUGUGGUGUAGUCACACUUUUAUUGCAUUGCUACUGCUUUUAAAGUUUCAAAAGAAUCUAGAUUCUAAUUUUGGAUUGAGUAUAAAACUGUUAAUGGGGAGCUGUUUGGUGAGAGGGAUGGAAUGAUUUUAAUAGACUAAGCUCGUUUGAACAGGGUCCUCUUCAACCUAUUGUUUCUGUAAGUUUUCUUGUAAUUGUCCUAUUUAUAGUUACAUCCCCCCUCUCAUAAUAUUGUAAAGCGCUACGGAAUCUGUUGGCGCUAUAUAAAUGACGAUGAUAAUAAUAAUACGUUGUUUACAGAUGUAGAUGAGGACACAGUUAAAGUAUUAGCCCUUUAACUGUGUAGAUAUUAACAGCUUUGGAUGAGUGUGCCUGGUUUUUGAAGGUGGAUGUUUACAGUUGUGGAUAGGGCAUCUAGCUUGAAUAGUAGAUCUUUAAUAGUGUAUGUUAUGAAUACUUAUCCCCUCCAAGGUCACUAAACAGGCAGAUAAACAUGCAAUUUAUUUAUCAUAUUCUACACUGCUUUUUCCUAAAAUGAUGAGCAGAUUCCACCAUUGUCCUGUAGCACCUGAUCAAUACCUAUUAAACUUAUUUAUGUAUUUUUGUUAUUGCUCAAGUAGCAACUCGCCAAAUCACUGAACACUUAGUGUGUGUAUGUAUGUGUGUGUGUAUGUAUAUAUAUAUAUAUAUAUAUAUAUAUAUAUAUAUAUAUAUAUAUAUAUAUAUAUAUAUAUAUAUAUAAUUUUUUGUUUUGUUUUUUGUUUUUUUAAAUUUUACAUAAAAGUAUGUUUUAAAACACUAAUAUUUGUGUUUAGUGAAGUCUCCCGAGAAUAACAGUACCCCCAUGUACAGGUUUUAUGGUGUUUUGGAAAGUUAGAGAGUCACAUAUAAGGCUUGCAUUUCAUUUUUUUGACAUUGAAAUUUGCCAGAUUGGUUACGUUGCCUUUGAGAGUGUAUGGUAGCCCAGGAAUGAGAAUUACCCUCAUGAUGGCAUACCAUUUGCAAAAGUAGACAACCCGAGGUAUUGCAAGUGGGAUAUGUCCAGUCUUUCUUAGUAGCCACUUAGUCACAAACACUGGCCAAAUCUAAUUUAUUUAUUUAUUUAUUUAUUAUUUUUAUUUAUUUUUUUUGCUUUUUUUUCCCACACAAAAAUAAAUAUGAACGCUAACUUUGGCCAGUGUUUGUGACUAAGUGGCUACUAAAAAAGACUAAACAUACCCCACUUUCAAUACCUUGGCUUGUCUACUUUUUCAAAUUGUAUGCCAAUAUGGGGGUAAUUCUCAUUCCUGGGCUACCACACCGUCUCAAAGGUAACAUUACUAAUCUGGCAAAUUUCAAUUUGAAAAUGGAACGUUCUAUAUUUGACCCUGUAACUUUCCAAAACACCAUAAAACCUGUUAAAGGGGGGUACUGUUGUACUCGUGAGACAUCGCUGAUUACUAGAGAUGUCGCGAACUCCGGUCAGCUGACACAUCCCGGGCCAAUCUCCAGCAGACCUUCCCUCCCAGAUCCUCUCACCUCCUGGACAGCAUCCAUGUUGAAGCUGCCUUCAACAUGGAUGCUGUCCAGGAAGUAGGAGGGUCUGGGAGGGAGGGUCUGCUGGAGAUUGGCCAGGAUGUGUCAGCUGACCGGAGUUCGUGGCGAACCGUUCGCGACGAACCGUUCGCGACAUCUCUACUGAUUACAAAUAUGUGCUUUUUUUUUUUUUUGCAGUAAAACCUAACAAUAUUAUGACCUUUACAGCUAAAAUGUGAGGCGGAACUACAAAUUUUUUAAAAAAUUUAAAAUUUCUCAGUUUUUUUUUUAAUUUUAUUCAUGAUAAAUUGUUUCAUAGCUAAAUAUUUGAUAUGAAAUGAAAGCCCUAUUUCUCCUGAACAAAAUUUUAUAUAUAAUAAGUGUGGGUGCAUUUAAUAUGAAAGAGGUGAAUUACUGUUGAACAGACAUAUAGCGCAAAUUCCAGUUUUCCAGUGUUUACGUUUUGUUUUGAUCAGAACGUGUACUAUUGACUCCGUCCUGAAUGGGGUUAAUUUUUUUUUUUUCUUUAUCGUGGCUCUUGACGUGUAUAUAUAGUCCCUACAUUAAAUAUGCUUUUAAAUUGAAUCAAAAUCUUUUAUUUACAGAAAAUGCAAGUCGAUAGCGAAGAGCCUAAACAAGAAGAGAACCCACAAACACAAGCGGAACCCAAGAAUAAUCCUGAUGAAAUGGAGGUGCUUGAUAAAUAUAUUUUUUGCUGUCCCUCUUAUUGUACCUUGCCUUUUGUAAUGAAUACAAUGGUCUUAUUUUAUUAGUUACAAGUUGGUAAACAAAAAUUUAGGUAAAUUUUGAGUCAAAAAGUAUACUUGCUAAAUUUGCAAGUGGAUCUGGAUGCUUUGAAAAAAAUCAUUCCUAAAUUGGUGUCAAGCUCAAGUAACCCUUAGUUCUGCUGAUUUAGUUGGUAGUUAGUAGCAAGCUGGUAAAUGGUAAAAAAAUAAAAUUAAAAUAAAAUCCAAAAACAAAAUAGCUAAGGCCAUUUCUAACUUUUUGCAUUUGAAUUUGUUUGAGAUGAUUUAAAAAUACGUCAUGGGGCUUCCAUAUGCAGCAGUUAGGAGAGAACAGAAAAAUCAGACUGGUUCCUAGGAUGCCUAUUUAGUGUGAGGGAUGGAUGCUGAUACCUUAUAGUGGCAGUGUGUUUACAAGCCAAACGUGAGAAUCUGCAGUUUACCAGGAGACGGGAAUCUGUUAAAUAGAGUGGGUUUCCUUAUGUACUCCAUUAAGGAGGAAGGGUGCACAAGUAAGGUAGCUGGCAGCAUUGCCCACUACUUUCCAAAAUGACUGCCCACAACUAGAUUGCCACCUCAAAUCAUGUUUCGGCUUUACAAUCAUGACAUGCAAAUGAUUUUUGUAGAGGCAAACAUACUGUAUGAACAUCUUCUUCCAAUCCAUGUAGAGAAAUACAAACAAAAAAUAUGGAUCCUUACAGCUAGAUUGAAUAACUAUUUGUGCUUUCAUUGUUUUGUUUAUCAACAUUACCCCAUGGGAUUUACAGCCCAUGCAUUAUAACUGCAAGUGUGAUUACCCAUACUGCAAUUUAUAUCCAGAUUGAAUGCACAAUUAAAACUUGAUAAAUUAAAGGAAAACACUUAACAUUAAAAAUAUUAUUUUUCUUGUUUUAAUUUGCACACUCCCCUUAUAAGUUGAGAAAAGUUACAUUUUUCCCUAGUUCUUGUGAGUCUCUAUGGAGCAGCCAACUCUGCCUUCUGUGAAGUCAUCAUUCUUGAUUACUUUUUUUUCUCAAUAUGAUGCUUCUCAUAGAAAAAUAUUUAGAUCCGUACAUGGUAAUUGUCAUGUUCUGCCAGUUGGAUGCUUCAAAUAGAGAAGCAUUAGCUGCAUUUGUCAUCAUGCUGAGUGUGAUGACUCUGAACAUAUAGAGUAUUGUGCUAGUCUCUAGAGUUGUCACUCUUUCUGCUUUGUAUAAUGAAUUGAUUCUGUUUGUUAGACAUCACAGGGUGGGACCAAGGAUAAGAAGACUGAUCAGCCUCCUCAAGCUAAGAAAGCCAAAGUUAAGACCAGUACAAUUGACCUACCCAUUGAUCACUAUCCUCCAUGGCAGAUUGGGAGGGACGCUCUGAACCUAUUUGUUGAAAAUGAGGUAUGCAACCGGUGCUUUCAGUUGAAAUUUUAUGUUUGCCAUAUGUGUAAAAAUGGUUUGCCAUAUGUGUAAAAAUGGUUUUAUACUUUUUUGUGCAUCUGUAUGGUAAAUGUGCAACUUUGUAGGAAGUCUAAUUCCAUCUACAAUGUGCCAGCCAAAUUUGUAGCAAAUUGGUCAACCUGUUAUUCCAGGAUUUGUUUUCUAAUCCAUCAACCGUGUUAUAAAGUAACAAACACUGUGGCUCUAGAAAUAUACUUUUGGAUUUCGCUAGCAUAAUUGUAUAGUUUACAGUUUGUUCAUUAUCUAAUGUAGCAUGGCUACAUUAAUGGGGGAAAAAAGUACACACCCUCUUUGCAUGUUAUGGUUUUACAUAUAAGGGCAUGACCUUCACCUGUUCCUUAGCAGGUCUUAAAUUCAGGUAAAUACAACCUCAGAUGAUCAACAAUACAUGACAUAUUACAUGGUGCCAUGAUUUAUUUACCAAACAUAAUUUCAAAAUGGAGAAGCUAUGUGUGGAAAAACAAAGUACACCUUGAUUUAAUAGCUUGUAGAACCACCUUUAGCGGUGAAAUGGAAAAAUCAAUCAAUAAAUUGAUUAUUUCUUUGUGUAUCUGCCCCUGGCCAAAUCAAUGAAACAAUGCGUGCAGGCUCCCUGAAGUAAUUCACACCAGACACAUGUUCCAGGUUGUUGAAUAACUUGAGGAAAGUUUAUUCAGAGGGGACGGCAGGUCCCUUUUAAAGCAAAAUUACAUCAUAAGCAUUGUCAGAGAUAACAUGGAAUAAUACAUCAAUAAUUGGUUAAGUGUUAAGUGUUUUAUUCAAAGCACGUCCUACUGGGUGUGCCUUCUUAUGUCAUUACUGUCGUCAUGAAGUUCUCCCCCGGAUUCCAGCGCCAUCUUAUAAAUUAGUGUUUGGUCGAUGGGUGGGAUACUCCUGAGUGACAUCUAGUGGUCAGUUUAGUAAUUUAUUGAGUAUAACUAAAUGUAGUAAAUAGACAUUUUACUAGCUAAAAAUAUGUCAAUAUUUCAUUUCCACAACAAGCGGCAAUAACUUGAAGUAAGUUUUCUGUAUGAUUCUAUGAGCGUCUCUCAUCGUUGUUUGGUUUUCACCAAACAUGGCGCUGAGCGUUAUGGCCAAACAUCUCCACUUUUUGGGCUCAUCUAUCCAAAGGACAUGGUUUUUGAAGUCUUGUGGUUUGUUCAGAUGCAACCUUGCAAACCUAAGCCAUGCUGCCAUUUUCUUUUUAGAAAGAAGCUUUCUCCUGGCAUCCCUGCCAAACAAACCUUACUUGUUAAGUCUUUUUUUUUUUCUUCUAAUUUUACUGUCAAUUUAACAUGCUAACCAAGGCAGUAGAGUCUGAGAUAUACUCCUUAUCUGGUAUUAACCAGACUAUCUGAGUUCAGAAAGAUGGACUGUCUUCAAGGCUAAAACAUCAGUCAAGUGUGUGAGGGAAAUGAGUGUUUGUUACUUUUAUUUAUUUAUUUAUUUAUAUUUUAUUGAGAUGAUAGCUGUAUUCUGGAAAUGUAAGCAUGUGUACUAAGUAACUGGCUUGUACAUUCUAAAUGUCAGAAGCUACACUGGCAAAGAAAACCUAAUUUAAAAAAAAGUAAAUUAGAAGUACAAUAAGGUAGCUUUGAAAAAUGAUUAUACAGCCGCAGCUAGAAGAUUCACGAGAGGUAGAAGAUUCACUCAGUGGAUCAACACAACAUGCAAACUAUAUAUUUUUUUAAAUUUAUGUACCGGAUAAAACACAGUGAGUUUUUCUUUGCUCUGGCUCUGAACCCAUUUAUUUCUGCAUAUCAGCUGCCCUUAAUUCCUUUAAUCAAACACUAAUGAAGAGGGAAACCAAUGGGACAUCUCCCUCAGGGUCUCGUGUGAUUCAAAGCUUCAGUAGGUAGCUGUCACCUUUGACCGUUUUGGCUUUUUGAAGGAGUUUUCACAUUGCAUUAGUCCUACUGUUGUAUAAAGCGUUCUCUGUAGCUUAUGGGGCCUCUGGUGGGGCCCAACAGACCUGCUCCAGCCAGCCUAGGUGAGAGAUAGGAAGUAGAGGGCCCAUCAGGCACUGAAACCCAGUUCAGCUGGUUGUGGUUGCUGCUCUCCCCCUCUGUUCCAGUCUUGCCAAGAACUCUGCACAUAGGGCCUCAAAGGCUUUGAUGAAGGCUCUCGCCCAAGAUCACUCCAGACUAGGUCGCUAUCAAAUGAAUCACUCCUAAAAGGUCAAUUCCCAGUAAAAAAACAAACCUCUAAUUCGAAAGUACUGCUUCCUGUACAAUGUCUCAGCCUGGCAAUUAGUAUUGAAAGGUUUAAUGACUUUAGCAAACUAAAAAGACAAGAAUGUUGCAGGAGCUUUAGUGAUAAGUAUUCUUCCACCAAGGCUGUCAGGCCCCGUUAUUUAUGGUUUCAUCCACUUGAGAGCUGGUCCAACUCUUUUACAAGUUGUGCUGCCCCAAUGGAUUUUUUUUUUUUUUCUUCUAAUGUUUUUUUAUAAAUUCUAUUUCCUACAGGGUAAAAUGAUGAUGCAGGAUAAACUGGAGAAGGAGCGUAAUGAUGCUAAGAAUGCCGUUGAAGAAUAUGUUUAUGAGAUGAGGGACAAGCUGUGCUCAAUCUAUGAGAAGUUUGUCAAUGAGGAUGUAAGUCUUGGUGCUUGAAAACUAUUAUCCACCACCCAUGGAAGUGUCUUGUGGUGACGGUACUGUGCUUUUAAUCGGUGUUGGUUACCACAAGUCCAUUUUGCAGGGAAGGCACUUUUGUAUUCUUUGCCAUGUCAAAUGUUGGUAAAUACACCUAGAAAUCUUAUUUGUAACUGUUUCUGAAUCACUUGGUUUUCUGUCGCCUCAAACUAGCCUUUCUCCUUUAGUUUACUUUCUCUUCCUCGUUCAGAUUCUGUUCUUAUUUUCUUCUCAAUUUCUGAUCUAUUUCUCUUUAAAAACAUAAGACAAAAUUUUUGGUGGAGCGUUUUUAAAGGGACUCUAUAGACACCCAGAUCACUUCAUUUCCUUGAAUUGCACUUGGUCCAGUGUCACUAUUCCCUUAACUCUGCAAUGUAUAACAUUGAUGUAUUAGAGAAACUGCAAUGUUUUUAAAUUGCAAAGCUAAGACUGCCUCUAGUGGCUGUUUACCAGCCAAUAGAGGUGCUUACUGCAGUUUCACGGAGUUUGACUCUGUGAAACUACACUGGCUUUGGAUGAGGACCUCCAGCGUUUAAAAACCCCAUUGGAAAGCAUUGCGUCAAUUCAUUCCUUCAGGGAAGGCCUAAUGCUUGCGCGACACUCACACAUUAGGUUCUCUCCGUUGGCUGAUGUCGGAAGAGGGGCGGUCUGACCCAGCACCAAGAGACAUUGGCGCUGGAUUCAGGUAAGUGUUUAAAGCAUUAUUUAACCUUUUACAUGGCUUGGUGAGAAACCAGGCAAAGGGGUAAUACAGUAGCUUUGUCUUUAAAGCAAGCUCUUCUGCCUUUGUUCGUUGAGAAAGGAAGUGAAGCUUGCCUUAAAGCGGAACUGUCACGGCCAUAUCGUGUUUUUUGGGGGGCGAGGGGGAGGUUUACCCGACUCCACUACAUAUUUAUUUUUAAAUAGUUUUUAUUGCAUUUUAAAAAAAUAACACAGGAAAGGGGUACAAAAGGGAAAAUGGGGAAGGAAAUGGUCUAUCCAUCUAAGAGAGAUCUCCCUCCCCCCUCUCUCCCUCUCCCCCUCCCUCCCAUUUUAGAGCCUAUAAUUAUAACAUUCCAUGCAUUGUGGGUUUAUUUUUGUAUAUCAAGAUUUUUAUUUUGAUAAGAAUAGGACAGAGUGAAAGAUUAGUGAAACAACCUGAGAUUCUCAGAUCUCCAAUGCAGAAGUAAACAUUGGUCACGCAGGACCUACUCGUAUUAAUAAUCAUCAUACAUAUUUAGUUGCAUAAGUGAGUUUGUUACAUCAUGCUCGUCAUUUGGCUUCAUUUCCAGGCCUACCUACGAACUCGGGGUAUCUUUACUUCAGACUGGACAAUGCGUACAGCCGCCCUUGGUUUCCCCCCAACCAGUCAACCCUGUUACUCCCCUUAGUAUUAUUCAUUUGCGUAUAUGAGCUCAGGGGCAACAGUGACUGAUCAUGAGGGACAUGAGCGUCCCGUGGCCACGGAGCGGUGUUUGACUCCUCUGCACGCCAACUCCACUACAUUUAAACAUUCAGACGAAUGAAUGAAUAGAAAUUUCAGAUGAAUAAACACCGAAUGUCUUUGUUCGUUCGCUUGUUCUGUUUAUUACAAGGAGGGAGCUAGCGGGUCGCAGCUCCCUCCUUGUAAUAUGUAAAAAUUGAAGCGGCAGGUAGCUGCGCUCCCCGCCACUUCCUAAGCCCCCCAUGUCCUCCUCACUCUGACAAUAUGACCCCCAUAUUGGUAAAAGGGAGAUGGAAACCUCCCUAAUGCCCCUACUCGCUCUCCUGCGAGUAGGGCAUGUCUACUAAACCGUGAGCAGCCUGCCUAAAUGAUGGGGCAUCUGUUAACUAGCAUGGGGGGACAUGACAUAUUGUGGAGGCUAUUCAACAAAAUGGGGGACAUAUGGUCCCCCUUGGCCCCCACCCAUGAGACAAUUAACCAUAUGGAGGAGGACCAUGCACCUCUCAUGCGUAGGGGACAAUAGGUCCUCUCCCUCCACCUCCAAACAUGAGCAGCAGGUGGGAGCUCUAAAUGACAAUUAGAGGGGGGAGACCUAUUGUCCCUCCCCCCAGACCUCACCCACGAGCAACGUGUGGGGGCCCUAAAUGAGAGUGAUGGAUGAGGGGGGUGGAACCUAUUGUCCCCCACCCAUGAGCGGCAGAUCGGGGCCCUAAAUGAGGACCGAAGUCCCGAAUUCCAUCCUAACACGAAUGGACAAACUAUAGUCAUUUGGAGCCAUCGCGAGAUCACGGAGGAAAGGAUGAGUAUUUUCUUAUGUUUUAAAGAAAAAAACAGAUCCUGAGAGAGUGAGAAAAGAGGAAACGAUUGGGUAAUAGUAAGUUCGGCAUGAUAGGGCCGCUUUAAGCUCCACCCUUGAACACUAUUAAGCUUUGGGAAAAAAACCAACAAAGUAGUCCAUUGUAAUAGAUCACAAAUGAAGAAAAAAAAUAACUGAUUAUGAAAGAGGGAGAGAAGAUGAAUCAAUAGGAGACAGGGAAGUGUGCAAUGACAUUUAAAGGACAUUUACUUGGGUCAUACUCUGAUUUUAACAAUUCAAUUUUUAGGAUCGUAAUAGCUUCAUUCUCAAGCUUGAAGACACCGAGAACUGGUUGUAUGAAGAUGGGGAAGAUCAGGCUAAACAAGUGUAUAUAGAUAAAUUAAAUGACCUUAAGGUAAGACAAAAUUGCCGUAAAGGGUAUUGACAAGCAUAAUAGCCGCUUAUCGACUCAAUGAGCAAGAGCACAUUCAUAUUAAACUGACAUUUUUAUUUUGGUUUAUAUCCUAAUAGAACUUGGGUCAGCCUAUUCAGACACGUUAUCAGGAGUUUGAAGAACAACCAAAAGCUUUUGAAGAACUAGGAAAACAAAUUCAACUUUACAUGAAAGUGAUUCAUAGCUUUAAAAACAAGGUAAUUUAGGCCAUAUAAGAAACUUACUAGUUACACUGUUGUAUGAUUAAGGGUAUAAAUCGAGUGAAAGAGUUGUUACUUUUAUAUCACUAUAAUGUAUUUUUUCAUUUAUAUAUGGGGAAAAAAAGUUUUUAUAUGGGUAUACAGAGUUUUUAUGUUUUGUGCGAAUUUGUCCAUAUUCCUCCUAUCUGAUCUUCAUUUCUGUAGUAUUGUCCUCUUGUUGGUACCAUACCAAAAGACACACAUUUUCAGAAGAUUAUGUUGUGUGCUAGUUAUAUUAAAAUAUGUGAAUUGAAUUGCUGCUGGCAGAAUAUACACACAGCCUACAUGUUUCUAUUUGAAAAGCCACAUGCAGUCAUCCUCAGAUUGGAUUGAGUGGUAGGGAAGAGUUGUGAUAAUACUUGAUAAACUAAUGGUUCAAAAUGCUCAUUUUCACAAUUUAUUUUUACAUAAGAUAUCAUGAUGUUGGUAAAGUGAAUUAAGCAGUCAUCUGGCAAGUUGACCACUUAUUGUACAAUUUAGACCAGUGGUUCCAAAACCAGUCCUCAUGGCCCACCAACAAUCCAGGAUUAAAUAUUUUCCGGUUUUAUUCCAAUGGUGAUACUGACCAAACCUGAACUGUUGCUGAGUCAUGAGGACUGGUUUGGGAAACACUGAUUAAGACAAACACUGAAUGACAGGGACUCUGUUUGACAUGUUGGAGAACUGGCCAUUGUUUCCAUGGGAAUAUGCAUCCUUUACUCCUCUGUAGGCUGUAAGUAGAUGAUCUGCUCCAUCUGAUUACCAUAAUAAUGGGGAAACUACAGCUUAUAAGUGCUUACUUUGUCUGUUUUGACACUCUUUAGCCUUAGUCAUGGCAGCCAACUGAGAUGUUUUCUGUAUAGCGGUCCUUUACUUGGUUACUUUCUCUACAUAAUUUCUCACCACAGGAGGAAACAUAUGAGCACUUGGAUCCUGCAGAAGUAGAAAAGGUUGAGAAGAGUGUAAAUGAGUCCAUGGAAUGGAUGAACAACAAAAUGAAUCUCCAACAUAAGCAGAAUCUAACAGUGGAUCCAGUAGUGAAGACAAAAGAUAUUCAAGCGAAAACAAAAGUGAGUUCUCAGCCUGGGUGGGAAGCAUUUUUCAUCUCUCUAAUCUGAAUUCUGCAAGUAUAGUCAUCACUGUAGCAGCAACACAUAGUAAAAUUGAAUCCAGUUUUGUUUCAGACCUGCAAGGGUUGUUUAUCUGCAUUGUAUUCACUCAUAAAUAUUUCUCUAACGCUCAAAAAUGUUUUACCUGAUUUAUUUAAUAUAGAAUACAAAAUGGGGAACAGUAGCUUCAUGUUCUGUAGUUUGAAAUAUAUGGGUGUUCCUUUUCUCUCUUCCUCUGUCUAAAUGAAUAGUUUAAGCUGAUCUUGGGUUUUCCAUUAUAAAAACAAUUUUUCAGUUGUGUGUAACUUUCAAGUGCAAUAGAUACAUAUAUGCAGUAUAGUGCACCUUUUCCAGUCCAGAUGGGAGUAACAAAAUGUUGGUUUGAACUAUUGUGAUAAAUAUUUCAUAUGUAGUGAGGCAAAACUCCCUUGAAAUCUAAUCUUUCUUAAUGCAAGGUAAAAUUACAUUUAAAAAUCUGCAUAUGCAUGUUUCACUAUGGGUUCCUGGAGUAGAACAGACAGUUCUCGAAUACAGGCUGGUAAUUAGGAAUAUGACCGUUUGUCUUUUGUCCAGAGUACACGUUUUUCUUGUGUACUCUGGAAAGCAUGUGCAUGUUAAAUUAACCACAACUAACCUACCAGUGUUCUAUUCUUGAGUGAUCAAUCAAAAUACGGCUGUAGUUUCUGGCACUGAAAGUGUUUGGACAUUUUCUGUGUUAACUCUUCACAAAAACGUGUUCUUUCUUGCCAUAGUACAGUAGGUUACUGUGUUUUCAAUUAUAACAGUUUUGGUUUUAUUCACAAGUCAUGAACAAUAGUCUGUGCUUCUGCCCAAGAGAGGUGUCGGUUUGGUUGUCAGGUCUAUUUCUUUGUGGCUUUUCUAUUAUUUUUUAUACUGCUGCCUACCCCAAGUGUGCCCUAUUAAUGGUUAACUUCUAGGGUUAAUAGAAAAAUCCCCCUUUUUGUCUCAUAAGCGCUUUUGGCUUUCUUAGCUGAAACGUAGUCAGUUGUUAGAGUGGGACUCACCUGGUAUUUAUAUAAAAGCUGUAUUUGACAUUCCAGUUGUACUAAAAAUCUGUUGAAAUGUGCUUCUGGAUUUGGGAUAGUGUGCAAGUUAAUGGUUUUUUUUUUGUUUGUUUUUUUUCUUCUUGCACUAAAGGAGCUAACAUUCACAUGUAACCCGAUUGUCACAAAACCGAAGCCCAAGGUGGAACCACCAAAAGAUGAACAGCAGGCGAGUGAGCAGAAUGGACCAGUAGACAGUAAUACAAACAGCCAAGGCCCACAGGCUGCUGAGCAGAGUUCAGAUACAGCUGCUUCUGAUGCAGAAAAAAAGCUUCCUGAAAUGGACAUUGAAUGAAUUCCGUAAAAUGUUGCUAUUUUCAACAGUACAUAAUAAAGCUUUAAGUUGUUACCUUCAUAUGGCUCAAAUACAGAUCCGAGAAAAGUGACUGCAAAUUUCUUGUAGUUUACAAUUAAACCUACUCCCCGCGCCCCCACCCCCCCUUUUUUUCUUCAGUUUUUUUUUUUUUAAAACACCCUUUGACACGUGUUUGUUGUUUUUCUUCUUUGUUUUUUGUUUUUCCAUUUUCUAUUGCGUUGCUUUACAAUAAGUCCUUGUUGCUACAGAUGAUUAGUAACUUGUUCUUUUAACAAUUAGGUUUAUGCCUAAAAGUUACAACAGUUGUAGUAUUUUCCAGGGUUAAAAACAAAUGGCUGAAAUGCUUUGAAAAGCUCUUGCCACAAUAAAAAGCAACAUGCCCUUGCUUCUUAAGAUCUUUAAAUGAUGCUGUAGUCUUUGUUUGCAUCUCUUUCUGUAUGCCAUACCUCCACCCUAGACAGCUGGUAAAUGGCUGUAAUCUUGGCCUCUUGCAUGGCAGCCUGGCUAGCAAGAAAUUGGAGUAUUAAGACCCAGCACUUGCCACUGUCUUCUUAUAGGAACACACACAUUUUAUGGUCUACAAGAGCUAAAAUAUGCUUGCUAUGUGAUCGUUAAGUAUUAUAUUUUACAUUUAUUUUAAAGGCAUACAUGUGUUUUCUUUACACACAAUAUGCUGUCCAUUCAUUUCUUAGCUAGUUGAAAAGAGAAUCUUCUGAUUAUAAAAUGAUGGAAGCAAAAACAAUGGAUAUUUAGAAGGCAGAGCACUGUAAGAUACAAUGAUGGGUGUUAAUGCUACUACUUUAUCUCUUGGAGGAGCCAUGAUUGAUUGUGGGGUUGCAGGGAUUAAUAUUGAUGGUCACCAUUUGAAGGCCAAAGGUUAAUUCACUUGGACUCAUGCAAUGCAGCUUAUUUGUCAAUCAUUCUUCAUGUUAUUUUAAACAUGGGGCAAGUAUCUAGUAAUUGUUUUGCGGUAUAACUUUCUGGUAACCAUAUUGGUCCCAGGAAAUAAACUAGAUUCUCUGUCGAGUGCAUAAAAAUUGUGUAGAGAUAUUGAACGUGACCUUUCAAAAUGAACUGAAAAUGUCUAUGUACAAUGUCUAUGCAUUAUUUUUAUGUUGGUUUAAUACAUUUACAUCCCAUGGUAUAUUCAACAUUUUUUUUUUUAUUUUAUUUUUUUUUAUUACCAAAACUGAACACCUACAGCAGAUCUUGUCUGAAAAUAAACAUGCUGGGUUGCAACUUG